AUGGAAAUCAUUCCUGAGGGUAAACAUUUUCGUUUGGUACAAGAAUCUGAGCUUCCAGAAAUUUUGGAGUAUUUGGAAAGAUACAUACCGGAAUCACUAAAGUUUCAUCAAACCAUUAAAACGUACCUGAAUGAUCGUGUUUGGGACUUUUACUUUUAUGUUUCUAAAGAAUGGCCGCAGAAGCCAAUAAUAUUACAUUUUCCAGGAUGCACGCUUACGCCCAACAACAAUAUCUAUCAAAGCUUUGGUAUAUUUUGUCCCUCAACACAAAUCGAAUGUGUCGAUCUGAUGCGGACCGAAGAUAUCCUUAUCGAUUGGAAAAAGCCAUUGUACCUGAAUUUCACGCAUAUUGCUAUCAUGAAUCGUCUGGAUGACUUUUAUUCGACUAUUGGUGUAAUGGAGAGGCUCGAAGGCGACAUUUAUGUGUGUAAUAAAUUGAAUACGGAUUUAGAGUUGGAGGAAUUGCCUGAUGAUGCAGAAAUGCGUCCACUUACUGCAGAGGAUGUAAAAGCUAUACAUGAUUUGUAUCCGGCCAGCGAGAUUGAACGCAUAGAAGUAUUCGAGAUAUUAGUGCAAGUAUUGCCCGGUUUGGGAAUAUUUCGCAAGGAUACCAAUGAAUUAGCCGCAUGGAUGGUGCAUUCUUAUUAUGGAGCAAUGUUCUCAAUGCAAACACGUCCAGAGUAUCGUCGCAAAGGCUAUGGAAUUCGACUUGCUAGAUCUCUGACUAAACUUGUUAUUGAACGUGGUUAUUCGCCGUUUGUCGUCAUACGUCCACAAAAUGAUGCUUCUAGAAAUCUUUAUACAAAGUUAGGUUUUACAAAAGCGUAUGAAACAUGUCGAGUCAAAAUGACUCCUGACCUGACAGAUGAUGCCCUUAGGGAAGAGCCAAUGUCAAAUCCGCAAGUUGCGACUAAUGGCGUUGGCAAUUCUAAGGGUUCAUCAACAAGGGCAGAUUAUGACACAGAGGCUAACAAAGAAAAUCAACCAGUCGAUGAAGGCAUAGAGGAUAUGUUAGCUGAAAAAUGUGAUAUUGGUAAGGAGGAAAUGUGUACCGCCCACGUAAAAGCUGCAAUGGACGAGGGUAUCGAAGAGGAUAAAUAAAUAAUUAAACGAGCACCUAUAAAAUGAGUGUGGAGUGUUGAGGAGAAUCCCGAUUGGGGAAAGGUCGGGUAAUAAGAUAAGAAAUGAAACUAACAAAAAUCUAUUGCAAAUGCUAAAAUACAGAAAACUCCAUGAACAUAUUAUAUACUUAUAACAAUGCAACUUAAAUUUAUAAGGAAUGAGUGCACAGGGAGACACUGGUAUGUUGAUGUAAUUUAUAUUUUCAGCUUAUUGGAUAACAGAUGAAGGAGAAGGAAACGGAAACUGGCAUGAAUACUGUACAUAUGUAUUUAAUUGUUUAUGUAAAUACAUAUGUUUAUACGGAUUUGGUAGUUAGGAGCUAGUGCACUCGCAAAAACCAUACAAAAUUAAUAUUUAAAACAUAUACUACAUAUACAUAAAUAGUGUAUACAAAUAAUAAACGAAUCGAUAAAA